CUCCUUGCCGAGCGUUGCAGUGAGCGUCGCUAGCUAGUGCGCAUGCUCUGUACAUGGAGCCUCCAUCCUUCCCAACAGCAGCAGCAGCCCCGCCCUUCUCCUCCGAGCCGUUACCCGCCGCCGCCGGCUCCGGCUACUACUACUGCUGCUAUUGAUAAGCAUCGACUGGUCCUUGUGUUACAAUCGCGGAGAUUCAUGGUGUCUCUGGGUAUUGCCACUACCCUUAGGUCUGUAAUAAAUCGGAGGCUUCGCCCGGUGGCUCCUAGGCGAUUACCUUUAAUAUAUGAAGGAUUAAAAGCUGAAGUGGAAAAAUGAGCGUGACAUCCUGGUUUUUGGUGAGCAGUGGAGGUACACGACACAGACUUCCCAGAGAAAUGAUUUUUGUUGGAAGAGAUGACUGUGAGCUUAUGUUACAGUCAAGAAGUGUGGACAAACAGCAUGCUGUUAUCAACUAUGAACCAUCUACAGAUGAACAUCUAGUUAAGGACUUGGGCAGUCUCAAUGGAACAUUUGUGAAUGAUAUCAGGAUUCUGGAACAAACUUACAUUACUUUGAAGCUUGAUGAUAAACUGAGAUUUGGAUAUGAUACCAAUCUUUUUACUGUAGUUCGUGGUGAAAUGAAAGUCCCUGAGGAGGCACUAAAGCAUGAAAAAUUUACAAGUCAGCUUCAUUUUUCACAAAAACACUUUGAAGCAGAAGGAUCGAAAUCCAAAAGUGCUGAUGCAAGGAUGCAUGUUCCUACAGAAGUACAUCAGAAAUCAUUAGAUUCCUUAAAGACUGAAGAAAAAGUACCAGUUGAUCUUUCUGCGAUGCCACGUGGUACACCUUUGUAUGGGCAACCAUCUUGGUGGGGCGAUGAAGAUGCUGCAGGAAAAAUUAACAACCAAGAUAGCAAGGAAAGCAGACUUCAUGAUGCCAGUGCUGCAGGCUUCUGCAAAUAUGGCAAGAAAUUUGGUGAGCAAAUUAAAGCUUUGAAGGAAGAAGCAAUGAGUGUGUUAGGCAGAGAGCCUAGUUAUUUUGAGAUCCCCAGCAAAGAUCUCCAGCAAAAGUCUGAAGCAGAAGAAAAUACAGUUUAUGAAGUCCCAACACAGGACCCACAAUGUUCUCAAGUGUCAGGUGCAGGACAUGCCUCAUUUACAAUUGAAUUUGACGAUAGUUCUCCUGGAAAAGUAACCAUUAAAGAUCAUGUAACGAAAUUUAUGGACCACCGUCAAAAAGGAAAGAAGGUGCUAUCUGGCGAUAAGGAGCUUGCUGGGUUAAACGCGGAGAUGAUUGCUGCUGAGAGUAAGGUAGCGGACUGGCUGGCGCAAAAUAAUCCGCCUCGUUUGUUGAAAGAAGCUGCUGAAGAUGAUGCUAAAAGUAUUAAGAGUGAUGUACCAGUAUACUUGAAGAGGUUACAAGGCAACAAACAUGAAGAUGGGACUCAGAGUGACUAUGAAAAUGGUGCAUCUCUUAAGCGCAUAAACAAAAUCACCAAUUUACAAGAUCAUGCGAGACAGAGAAAUUUAGAGCAGAGAAAGUUGGAUCAGAAAAUUCAGACUGGGAGAAAGCAGCAAGAUACUGCGAGUCAAACUGCAUUCCUAAUCGAGUUUUUGGAUGAUGAUCAUCCAAGAAAGAGACGUUCAUAUUCUUUCUCUCUAAACGCCAGCGCUACAGGCCCAGAAGCACCAUAUCCUAUUCCACAGUCAAGAAUAGAGAAAGUAAAAGCUGCAUCCGCUGAUCCAAAAGGUUUAUUAUUAGGUCUGCAGUCUGGGUCGUCAUCUCACAGGGUAAUUCAUAGCACACAGCAUGCAAAAUUGCUGCUGAAACAGAAAUCUGAAGAACCUUGUACAUCUUUAUUAUUUUCACAAAAUGUUUUAUUGAGAAGUUCAGGAAGUCUUGGACAUCGGCCAACAAAUAAACGCGUUACUCCUCACAACGCUGAUUUGUCGCCUGUGGAAAAAGAUUAUAUUGAUAGUCAGCUUGAUGACAACACAAACGCCAAAGAGGAGGUUAGCCCACCAGAAGCAAAGGAUGUUGUCACCGCAUCUGGCAAAAAACUUUGGGUCUCGCAAUGGGCAAGUCUGGCUUCAAAUCACGUGGGACAUGACCAAGAUAAUGGGAAGUCUGAAUCCAGUAUGCUGGCUUCAGAAAAUGAUGGAGAUAUGAGUGAAUCUGGAGCAUCACAUAAAGGUGAAUCUGCCACUUCUGUGACAAGUCAAAAUGAUUGUAAAAGGAGAACUUUACCAAAGCUUCCAAAAGAAGAAUGUGACUCACUUGCUUCUGUUAGUAAAUUUAAGCAUAGAGCCGAUAUUGGAGAAAAGCAAGAUACAGAGUUACAGGAGAAAGAAGUACCUAGCCUUAUUAACAAAAAAGACAACCUGUAUGUUUCAUAUGGGCGAAGUAUGGAUAAGCCAGGUAAACUUUUAGAUAGUUCAUUGGAAAAGACAGGAAACCUUGCAGACUAUUCAAGAUUAAGUAGUGAGGCUUCCAGGAAAGAUGGCUUUCUCCCUGCAAAUGCUGUAAAAAAACAAGUAAUAUGCAAAGCUCAACGUGAACAGACUAAAGAGCAGCCAACCUCUGCAAAAUUAUCCAGCAAGCCGCCCGCUGCCCAGCUAUGUAAAGGUGAUUCUUUAGCACAACAUUUGUACAAACUACAGAAAUCUGUAGAAAUGCCCCAUGAAAUUACUAAAAAAAAUGAUGUUUCCUGCAAUAAUCAUGUUAAAAAUACAGAAACUGAGAAAAAAGAGCACAUAAAGCCACUAGUGAGACAAGGUAGUUUCACUAUAGACAAGCCAAGCUCAAACGUCCCAAUAGAACUCAUUCCACACAUUAAUAAACAGUCUGUUUUCUCACCAAGCUUUCCUUUUACAUCUGUGAACAAUAUUAGAGAGAGGAGUGACUCUGUAGACACUGAUUCUAGCAUGGAUACUACUUUCCUUUUGAAAGAUACAGAAGCAGUCAUGGCUUUCCUUGAGGCAAAGCUCCGGGAUGAAAGCAAACCUGAUGAGGAUCCAAAAACACCUAGCUAUACACAAGAUAAUUCUAUAUCCCCUGAGUCAGAUGUUGAUACAGCAAGCACAAUUAGUUUUGUCGCUGGUGAUUUAGAAAAAAAAUGUCCACAAAAGCGAAAAAGCCUCAGCAGUCUACAUAAAGAGAAAUCCUCAACUUCUUCUCCUUCUAAAGACCCUCCUAAUUCAUCAGCUGCCAUGAACCGAGAGAGGAAUGAAAGAAAAAGUAAACCCCAUGUCAAAGAGGUUGCAACGAGAACUGAAAUCCGUAAGGUACUGCGAACAAGUGCAAGAAAUAGGCCACCUUCUCUCGACUUGACGGAUGAUGAUCAGACUUCUAGUUUACCUUGUUCAGCUGUCUCCGAUAUUUUAUCAUCUGACCAAGAAACCUAUUCUAGAAAACCACUUACCAAAGCUCAGUUUGCUUCUGCAGAUGACAAAUGUGCCACAUCAAAAGCAACCGCAGCUAACAAGUCAAUCACUCUUCCAAGGCCUCGUCCAACUAGAACUUCACUAUUGCGCCGAUCACGCUUAGGAGAGACUUCAGAUACAGAAAUUGGGGAUACUGAUAGAGCAUCUGUUGCCUCUGAAGUUUCUACAACAAGUUCAACAUCAAAACAACCUACUGGUAAGAAACCUUUUUCAAGAAUUGAUUUGCUUGCACAGCCACGAAGAACAAGACUUGGUUCUUUAUCAGCACGCAGUGACUCUGAAGCAACAAUUUCAAAAGGUUCUGGAUCUUCUCGAACUGCAGAAUAUGCCAGUAGGAGUGGUCUUAAAUCUGCAACUACUGAUGGAAAAAGUUCUCCAAGAGCCAGAGCUAACAGCAUAUCUCGCUUAUCAGAUGCCAAAACAAAGACUGCUCCACCGAGUCACAGUUCUCCAUCAGCCAAUACCCGAUGGAGACGGAUUCCUCCUGAGUAUGCUUCUACUUCGGAAGAUGAGUUUGGAUCUAAACUUAACUCUCCUAAACCCACUCGACUACGUGCCUCUCCAACCAUUAAAGUUCAGCGAUCACAAGGUACUGGAAAUAGCCCCGUUAUAGCGCAAUCAACAGCUUUAAAUGUCUCAACAUUUAAACAUAAAGCAAAAGAACAGGAAGAUUAUAUCCGUGACUGGACGGCACAUCGUGAGGAAAUAGCACGGAUCAGCCAAGAUUUGGCUCUCAUUGCUCGGGAAAUAAAUGACGUUGCAGGGGAAAUAGAUUCAGUGACUUCAUCCGGCACUGCACCUAGUACCACAGUAAGCACAGCAGCUACCACACCUGGUUCAGCUAUAGACACCAGAGAAGAGGUAGGAGAUCUUCAUGAAGAUAUACAGGGAAUGUCUUUUGUUCACUGCCAGCUAGUGGAUCGUGUUUUUGAUGAAAGCCUUAACUUCCGAAAGAUUCCACCAACUGUGCCCAAGUCAGAGACAAAUUCUAGAGCAGGUGAUUCAAAAUCUCAGCCUAAAGAAAAUUCUGAACCACAAGUUAUCACUCGAAGAAAGACUUGGAGCAGAGAUGACGUAAUGGGAGAUAGUUUACUGCUUUCUUCAGUAUUCCAAUUUUCUCGGAAAAUUAGGCAAACUAUUGACAAAACUGCUAAUAAAAUAAGAAUAUUAUUUAAAGACAAAGAACGGAAUUGGGAUGAGAUUGAGAAGAAACUAAGAGCAGAGAGUGAAAUUCCUAUUUUUAAAACGUCAUGUGUGGAAAUUUUAUCAAUAUUGCAAGAACUGAAGCGGAUUGAGAAACAAUUACAAGUCAUCAACGCAAUGAUUGAUCCAGAUGGCUCUCUUGAUGCACUGAACUUAUUAGGAUUUGGCACCCCACUUCCUCCUCCCCAGCCAAAGCCUAAACGAAGCUCCUCAGUGCACAACGUCAGUUCAACAUUAUCAACCCGAUGUCAAACGGACAGCAGGACGAGUCGACCAAAUAUCGUAUUAGUAUCCUCAGACUUGGAUGGUGUUGAAUCUGAUCCUGAUUUUAGCAUUCAUUUUAAUAGGUUCAACCCUGAUGGAAAAGAAGAUUCCACUUUACACGAAUAGCACUGUUAAUGCAAAUCUAACAUUUAUAAUGCAAAUCUGCAAAUAAAAUGAAGCAACAGUGACUCCAUUUUAUGUAGACAAAUCUAAUAGCCUUGCACAGUUGUAUACAACACAAUUGAAAGACGUCCACUUUUGGACAUGACCAUUCAAAAUUCAGUGAUAACCUUUAUAACUCCUAAAGUGGGAGUCUGUCCCUGGCACCCCUGUAUCAAUACUGGGGGGUUUCCUAAAGAAAUUGGUCAUCCUCAAAGGAGGGCCCAUUGUGUAGAGCUGGCCUCAGAGUACAUUGGGCGUAACUUCAAGAGUGUCAAUACUCCACAAGAAAGACACACCACUAAUAGUUAUUAUGUUUUGUCUUUUAUAUCUUAUUAAAUGACGAGUGUGCUCAAAAUGUAUAUGUAUGACACAGAUUUGAUGUAUCAUGUAGGAAUAUGCUUUUAUUUCUACGUUGAAAUCAACAUAAACUAAGCAUCAAAUAUAGGUUAUGUGUGGAUAACAUUUGCAUUUAAUAGUGUUUCCAAGUACUCAUUAUAUAGAAUACUACACCUCCCUGCCAACAUAGGGCCUGAAACAUUGUUGUGUGCUAUGCCACUGUUUUCGCAGGUGGUUAUUGGCCGACUAUACAUGAGUCUUAUGAGACCUACACACUGGCCGAUUACACUGAAAGAUAUUGUUCAUAUCUUUCAGUGUGUAUGCACUAAUGAUGAAAGAUGCGUGGCCCCGUGCUCGUACAUCUUUGGUGCCAGCUUGUUUAUGCCUGCAAGUCACUCCCCCGCCGCCGGGUUGUCCAUCGGCCGUCGGGCACCUCGGCGGCCAAUCGGCCAGUGUGUAGGGCCCAUUAGUCACGCUGCACUUGCACAAAGUCCAUUACCGUAGUCACUCACAGGAUUAAUUUGCAAAGUGAUUGACAGGAAGGGGUCUUUUUGGGGGUGGUAACAGGGAGUGGCAACUAAAACACAGGCGUGUCACGGUGGUUUUCGUGGUAUGACGCUGCCUGUGUCUGCGAUCCCAUAUGCAUUAAAGAUGGCUCUAGCAUCUCAUUUAACACAGCCAUUCUGCAAGAUGGUACUCAGAAGGCCGAUUAUUGAACGAUCUGCAAUCGUGCUGCAUCUUUGUACCCAGUUGCUGGGAUUAGCAAAGACGCCAGAGGGCGUUUUAACACAAAUCCUACCGGCAUAUAUUGAUUUGUUUAUUUUGAUACAGUAUCUGCGUAUGGGAUCGCAGCUGCAAAUGCAUCAGUGUACAACUCUGAAUCAGGCCCUGACCCAUAUAAAUCUAGUACCACCACCCAGCUAAGUACUCUAACGUUCAAAUGAUCUAAUUUAUUACAUAUUACCACUUGUUUUAUGGUGUAUUAACACUAACAAUGUAUAUAAAACAGUUUUUAAGAUUAUUUUUGGUUUGUUAUGAAACCAUUUAAAAAAUAGUGCAAAAUGGUAAAAUGCUGUUCAUUUAUAGACUGUGACUCGCUACUCAAAUAAUUUUGCAGUUUGUUUAGAAAACAGGAAUUUCCUAUUGUGCAAAAGGUCCUGAAUCAAAAACAUUUAAGUAGCAGGUAAAUUUACUCAAUAAGAAUUAAUUUAUAAUCUUUGUACACACUAGGGGAUUUUAUACCAAGUUGUUAUUACAAUUUUUAAACUUCAUUUAUCUCCUUUAUGUUAAAUCAUCCCUUUCCCACCAUCUCGUUAUCCCACAAAGAAAUACUACUUUCCACAACACUUGUGCCUUGGUCAUCUCAACACCUUAGGAUUUGUUUUUUCCAUGACUGUUACACAUAUGUAUAUAUUCAUAGCAUAGGUAGAAAAUGAUUGCAGCAUUACAUUCCAUUGCAACUCACCUGAGCGGAGCAGACUUCAUAGUGAGCACAAAAAUGAAGCUAACCUAACUCCAGCUGUUUUGAAGACAUACAGUAUGUGUACUCUAAGUGCAAGUCCUGACUUACAUGUAGCAUAAUAAAUUCCCUGCAUGAAUACAUGAAUCCGGCUCAUGGCCCAAGCUAAGAAAAGUGCAAGACACAAAUACUUUCUAAAUGUAUCACCUGCUUCAUUACAGCCAUAGAAAUAAAAAAUGGGUUGCAAAGGUUUCUGUGUAUUUUUUUUAAAAGGUAUCAAACAAAUUAAAUAUAAAACAUCAUUAGCUGCAAAUUAAGUUUCAUUUAAUUUGUGUUAGGCAUUCCAUUUAAUACACUUUGUAUAUAACCAGUGUCUCAUUUUGUUAUGAUAAAACACAUCAUUUUCUUACUUAACUACAAAUAUUUCACUUUACAGCUGCAGUGCAAACUAUGUAAAAGAUUUUACUAAGUUGCCCCUACACGUAAUCCAUGCAGCUACUGCAUGCUGCCAUUUUUCCUUGGAGUCUCGGGUUGAUUCUAUUAGCCACUAAGGGUGUGAUGUGCCGGUGCCACUGCGUCUCAGUGCCAGCCACAGCACCCAUUACCGACUGAAAUGAGCCCCAAUUAGCACAAAAUAGCUCGGACCUCUAUGGGGUGGCGAGCACUUUUGUGUGAAUUUGGGGAGCUGCUGCGAUGAAUCACACCCACAAGAUCAUCACGGCUAAUUGGAUUGACCUGUAUCUGUCCAAUAUAUGGAAUCUGCUAAUUAGUUUAGUUCACAAACCUAAAAUUACAGUGGAGAGUGUUUGAGCAGAGGACCAAUCACAAGCCACAAUCUCUAAGUGGAACAGUAGAGCACCAGGAAUAAUAACUGGCUCCGCAUGGGGAGUCGGUCAUUUUAGUCAAAUCUUUACAGGUGAAGAGCAGCUUUAAACAUCAAUGCUAAGCAACUUUUUUGUCUUAUAUCCUAAUAAAAAGCUAUACUUUAUUCAUCUACUGUUACUUUGCAAAUCUUACAUUUGAAUUUAAUUAAGGUGUGCGAAAGAGUAUUAAAAAAAAAAGCAAUUAGAUUUUACUUUUCAUCAGUCUUGUGCAAAAUUGGACAGAUUAAAGCAAAUACUGUGUAUGUGAUUGCAGAUACACUUUUGCUAAAUAAUGUACAUGCAUAAAGGUCUAUGCUCUAUAGAUGUACUUUCUGAUUAUGGAAUCAUUUAACAAAGAAUGUAUUAUUUUUUUUUACCUGGAUACAAACUGGAGACUACAUUUUGUUUGACUUACGUGUUAAAAGUAAGCGCAUCCUUUAUCUUUGUAUGUGUUUCACCCAUAUUACUUUCAUCAAAUAGCAUCAAUUGUUGUCUAGCAUCAAGAAUUCUGACAUAUUAGAGCUGAUGGUGUUCAAAUGGAUUUACCUGAUUAGACUGAUAUUGGGUGGGGGGAUUUUCACUGCUCACAUUAGUCCUCCAUAUGGAUGACAUCCGUAUUAAAAUAAUAGGCAGGAACGAUUGCCAUUUUUUUGUAAUACAGUGAAUGAAAAUUGUUGUUGGCGUUUCGCACAAUGGCCCUCAUUCCGAGUUGUUCGCUCGGUAUUUUUCAUCGCAUCGCAGUGAAAAUCCGCUUAGUACGCAUGCGCAAUGUUCGCACUGCGACUGCGCCAAGUAACUUUACUAUGAAGAAAGUAAUUUUACUCACGGCUUUUUCUUCGCUCCGGCGAUCGUAAUGUGAUUGACAGGAAAUGGGUGUUACUGGGCGGAAACACGGCGUUUCAGGGGCGUGUGGCUGAAAACGCUACCGUUUCCGGAAAAAACGCAGGAGUGGCCGGGGAAACGGUGGGAGUGCCUGGGCGAACGCUGGGUGUGUUUGUGACGUCAACCAGGAACGACAAGCACUGAAAUGAUCGCACAGGCAGAGUAAGUCUGGAGCUACUCAGAAACUGCUAAGUAGUUAGUAAUCGCAAUAUUGCGAAUACAUCGGUCGCAAUUUUAAGAAGCUAAGAUUCACUCCCAGUAGGCGGCGGCUUAGCGUGUGUAACUCUGCUAAAUUCGCCUUGCGACCGAUCAACUCGGAAUGAGGGCCAAUGUAUUAAUGCAAAGCUGGUUCAUUUAUAAACCAAAACCACAUAGUGCUAAUUCCCACAAUAACAAAACAUUCAUUUACAUGCAAAACUAUAAAAAGGCCUCUAAACAAGUAAUAAGAUUUACUUUAAAUCAAAUACCUUUGUGACUAACAAAUGUAAAGCCCAUUGAUUUUACUGUGUCUGGAAAACAUGGCCUCUCUGCUAUAUGCCAUCCAUCUUCAUUUGCGAGUAGCUACAGUACAGUAUAUGUACAUUUGUCUGACUGUCAUGGCCACAGCUUGUUCUAAUAACAAGUUCAGGGAUUUGUGCUGUGCAGGCUUUACUGAAAUAUAUUGAUUUUUAUUUUGGGGUCCAUCAGACAUAUACAGUGUGUGUGUAUGUGUAUAUAUAUAUAUAUAUAUAUAUAUAUAUAUAUAUAUAUAUACAAACACACAAUGGCGGUUCAUUAAAUAAGGUAACUACCUCUCAUUGCAUAAAUUUAUUCAACACAUACAUGCCUACCUGUAUAUGUAUGUACUGUAUAAACAAUACUAUGGCCUUAGUACAGAUUAUUUUUCCACAUAGUCCCCAUACAUGCUUUAGCAUUUGUUCCAACGGUACAACACAGCAUCUAUCUCAGUAUAGCAGAAGUCAGUGUCAAGCGCCUGAAGCCAGGUUAUAAUGACUCGUUGAAUUUUGCACUGAGAUGUUCAGUUCAUCAGCAAUAUCACUAACUCAAAUGCGUCUGUUCUCGUGAAUCAGAACUUCAACGUGGCACAAUACUCAUCUGUGGUGUAUGUGCUUGGGCGCCGCUUAUCUUGAACGCCUGUCCUUACAUUAUGAAAGGCAUAGCACCAAACGUGUUUCCAUGACAUGACAUUAUCACUGUACACCUCGACAAGUUGGCAAUGAAUUUCAGCUGCUGAUGUGCUGUUUAGACAUUGAAAUCUGAUCACGCUACACACCUCAAUGUGUGACCAUGUUUCCACCAGUACCGCUAUCUUAUAACUGAUAUUGGGACAGUAUGACUGAUAUGAGGUUACUUAUUGAACCACUUUUUUUUUUUUUUUUUUUAAGAAAAGAAUGGGCUUUUGGGUUAGUAUAUUGAGUUAUACCUUAUUUUAUGGACAUAAUAGUUGUAUGAUCUUUUUUUUCUUUUUCCCUCCCAAUAUUUAUAUUCCAGUAGGGCUAUUUUUAGUACUAAUGCAAAUUGGAUCCAGCUUAUUCUGUUGCAUAAUACAAAAAGAACAAUAGAAUAGUAAUAAAACAAGGCUGUUUUAGCAAACCAAGAAAAAGAUAAGAGGGUCCUGCUCGCAUGAGAUCCAUUUCUGAUUUCUGGGAAUGGGAAGCCUAAUUCAGGUCAGGGGGUCUCUGCAUAUAGCAGGACAUAUCCGUGCAUGCCUGAUACUAAAAGAACAUGCCCUUCAUAUAUAAACUUACUCUCACACAACCAUACAUGAGCACCAGAUAAAAUUGGGAAACCGCUUUCUGUAAAGCCUUCCAUUAAGGCAUUAGCUGCUGUUACAUGAGGAUUUUAUUUAAAGAAACUCAUUUUUGAUGGCCCUUAAUCGUUUAAAAUGUGAAAUAAAGAAAGUUAUUAGAUUUAGGUUUCAGUCUGUAACCAUACCAGUAUUUUGUUUGCCUUACCUGUUCAAAUGCAAUGAUAUUCAAAAGGGAUUCAAUGGCAAAUGUUUGACUAAUAAAACAAUUGGGUAAAUAAGAAUAUUAUUGUUCAUGUGGUAUAUCAAACUGAAAUAAUAGUGGAAAAUGUCUGAAAUACGUUUAUAAUGCUCAGUAAAUGCAGCUGAGAUUAUAAUAUCAUACAUACAUAUAUAUUUACUUUAUUAAAUGUAUCUUCAUAUUUUGUACAAAAAGUUUAUUUAUUUUCUGUUAAGAUUUGUUUUUUCCUUGCAUGUUGUUACUUUCUUUUUAAUAAAUGGUUAAUUUUA